CAGAACGAUAAACUGAUUCCGAUUGGACAAAGCAGCGUGAGCUGUGAGGAGAAGAGUAUAAAUACCCCCAACACGUUGCUCUAGCUGUAGGCUGUGUUAAUGUUUGUGGGAGGUGUAGCCUAUGUGGGGAAAGUAUAAUAGAGCCUUUAUAAAAAAUAGAUCAUUUAUUUUGAACAAACAUAGCUAUAUCAAGCACUUUAAAAAAGGAACUAAAGGUUGUCGCCAUGGUUGCUACAAGCAAACUGAAGAGUAAAAACCCGGAAUUCAUAUCAGAAUUGAUUGACCGUAGAUACGACCAGACUUGUAUUGAAAAUGAGCUGGAUUCCUGGGACCACUGUUUGGCUGAGCCCCACCUGAAUGUGGAGGUGUCUGAGGACCGGAUGUGUCAGCAGUUGGCCAAGAUGUUAGAGAACUGCCUGUCACGGGCCAAGAAGACCACCAUGCGUUGCUCUAAGGUGCUGGUCCCUGAGAAGCUGACUCUGAGGAUAGCACGCGAUGUACUGCGCCUGUCGUCGGGCGAGCCGUGCGGCCUACGCGGCUGUGUACUCUACGUGCACCUGGAGCAGGAACAGUGCUGUAAGCAGCUGGAGCGCAUUGUGUACAAUGCCGACGUUGUGCCCACCUUCGAGCUGACGUUGGUGUUCAAGCAGGACUGUAGCGCAUGGCCCAGUCUCAGGGACUUCCUGCACAUUGGUGCCUGUUUCACUCCAGGCUUCAGGCAUGCGCUCAAACUCAGUCCUGGCUUCCGGCUCAUCAAGAAGAAGCUCUACUCAUCCUUGGCUGGUACUGUGGUAGAGGAGUACUGAGAACGGGGAAUUGAGGAAGGUGGGACACCAUGGUUCAGUCAGCUGUCCUUGGGGUGGCAUGUACAAUGCAUUUCUACACUUGAAUAUCUGAAUGUUAAGAUCACUCCUGGAGGGUCUAAUUUUCUACAUGUUUUUUUGUAUGAAUACAGUUUUUGAACGAGUAAGUGUUGUACAAAGGUUAUUGUCCUGUCUGUUCCAAUGUCUAGGAUUCUACAACUGAUUACUCAAAAUGGACGGACAAGUCUUGGUUACUGUAAUGGAUUGUCUAAUGCCUAAACAAGAUUAACCUUUUUUUUUUUUUUUUUUUUACUUCACUUCGAACAAACUUUGCCAAUCCGUUUGUUUCCAGAUUUGUCCACUGCCGUGCAACAAAGUAAACCCACUUCGAGGCUAUAGGAACAGGACUUGGAAAAGUUUGGGGGGCCAUAAUGUUGGUGUUCAAUGCUGAAUUGAGGGUAUGUAAGUGUUUGUUAGAGAGCCAUUGAAUGUUUGUCCUUGUGAACAUGCUGCUCAUUGACUUGCUCCAACCUUGACGGAUGCCUUAAACUGCCACUUAGCUUUUUCUUCAUUAUCUAAAUGUUGUUUUUUUUCUUGCACUUGUUAGAUCCUAGCUCCACAAGGGUUCUUCAGGGCUUGUUCUUUUUAUACCUUUCUCAAUUGAUGGCUGUUUAAACUUAGGAUUUUUUUUGUUUUGUUGAGAUUCCUGUUAAAGGCAGUGGCAAUCUUGUCUUUUGACAAUUAAACAUUUUAAACCUA